CAGCAUUGUUGUUCUGGGGCUGUGCCUCUUCGCUUACUUUCGUGGAAUAAGUGGACCACUUUCGGGUGAUAGUAAAGUUCUUUCUAACUGACCAGGGUGUUGGAUACAUAUGGACGUUGUUGCCAAGUAUGACGCACACGCUUGCUGGUUAACAGUGUAUGAAACAAACCUGAUUCUCGCUAAAAAAAAAGCGUUGAUAUGUUGGGUGGACACGAUGGAUGUAGCGCUAAUGCAUCGCGUGACAUGUUUCGCCGAGCUUGGGUCUCAGCAGUGCACAAAUGUUGAUCCGUCAACUUGUAUUGGGAGACCAGAUCUGAUUUGUGAAUGGGACUCGUGACGUAGUGUAAGGGCUAUGCGAUCCCUCAUCGCGUGUGAACAAGUUGCUAUCAUUGCUGGGAAUUGCAAAUUGAACGGGACAUUCCAUCGAAGUAGAGGGUGGUCCAUCUAAAACUAACGUCCAUUCAAACCAUCAAGUAUUUGGUCUAACUAAUGGAGACUCUGGUGAGAAAAAAAAAAUUCUCGCAAAUUCACAGAAGUAACGGCUGAGUGAUACCAAAUAAAUUGUACCAACAGAUACAACCAUCGUAACUGACCUUUUGGUCAUGGGAUGCAUGGUUAUGAAACUGUGUCCUGAAUGGCCACUGGGUCAGUCCGACGGUUCCAAGAGACCUUACCUGUCUGGUGAGAACCAACCUGGACUUUCUCUACAGACACAAGAUCUUUACCAACUGGCUCAGUAUUUACAGGAAGCUCUGCAUCGAGAGAAGAUGUUGGAGCAGAAACUCCUGGCAUUGCGGCAGUUGGUGAUCAACACUCAGGAAGCUUCUGAGAGUGGCUGGCAGGCUUUAAUUGAUGAAGAUAAACUGUUAUCAAGGCUUGAAAUGCUGGAAAACCAACUUCAUAUAUACACCAAGAACCAUAGUGAAGAUAUAUUAAGACAAGAACUUCAAGCCUUACAAGAAGAUAAGAACAAAUAUGAAACUACUUCUAAGGAAUCUCUGCGGCGGGUAUUGCAAGAAAAAUUAGAAGCUGUGACCAAACUGUCAGACUUAGAGCAGUCUCUGGGCAACAUGAAAGAAGAGUGCACACACCUCAAGUCCAUGUGCGAGUCAUCACAAGGGGAACUUAGUCAGCUGGCUGAAAAGUAUCAGGAGCAGUUGAAGGAAAUUGCUGAGUUGCAAGAAAAAUUAUCGGAAGCUGAACAAAACCACAAUGCAGAACUAGAGAAAGCAAAAGUGGAAAAAGCUGAAAUCUCUCAGAAACUAGAGGAGAUGGUGUUGCAGGAGACAUUGCUGUCUGCCAAAAUUGAAUCAUUAACAGCAGACAAUGAUUUCACCAAAGAACAGCUUUCUGCCAUGAAAGCCAAGCUUGAGUCAAUGAAAGAAAGCAAUGAAGACGACCAGAAAAUGGCGGAGCUGGCACGGCUUUCUCUAGACUCAACCACUGAGGUUAUUGACAUUAUACCUUUGGGACCACCUAAAGAAGAUGAUGUUCCAGAGAAUCUGGAAGUGAAACUCAAAGAUCUGCAAAAAUUAAUUGAAACUUACAAAAGCAAAUUGGAGACAUCUGAUGUCAGAUUGAAAGAAAGCAAUGAUAAAGUUGAAUCCCUGCAGAAAGAACUUGAAGUUGCAUUUACCAAUUCCAAAGAGUAUUUGAUGAAAAUAGCCAACUUAGAAGAUAAGGUAAAGCUCUCGGAUUACCACAUGAAUGAAAUGAUGGAGAAUGCUCUACAUAAUUUAAAAUUGCAACUGAAAGAAUCGGCCAAACAAAGCAAUAGCAGUAAUGACUUGAUAGAAACAAUGAAAGAUCAUAUUCUGUUGAUGGAAAAGGAAUUGACUCUUCACACGCCUGUUAACUCGGUAGUCAACUCUACAGACAGUCUGGAUGAAGUCACCAACGAUAUCGACUCGUCCAUCCUCUCCUCACCUCCUCCCUCCACCUCACGGUCCAGCCUGUCCAACACAACUCUCGUAGGCAGCCCUCCUGACCUCCUUAAUGUGACCGUUGUCAACGGCAACAAGGAGGAUGUUAACAGUGUUGAGCAAGAGGCAGAUACGACGACUGUGCAUGAAAAUAGAAAGUCUUCUUCCAAGGGGAAUAACAAUGGCGUUCUAAAUCUUGAUGAUGAUGAAGAUCUAAAAGCUUUAUUAGAAGAAGCUAGACAAGCGCAAGAAAAAGCAGAAAUUGAACUUAAUAAAUGGAAAGCUGAAUUGAAUGAUUCUGAGAGUAAACACAGGCUAAUGUCUGAGGAAGUUACUUCUCUUAGAAGUCAACUCUUUGAUGCACAGGAGUUUGCAAAAGUCAAGAGUGAUAUGGUGAAAGACUUACAAGAUCAAGUCAAGAAAGCUGAGUCCUUCACACAGGAUGUUAAACAACAGAUAUUAGAUUUGCGAGAUCGGAUAAUAGAAGAGCAAGAAAAUGCCAGAGCCAAUCAGGAGUCAGUUGUUCGUCUCCACCAACAACUGGAUGUGGAAAGAACAAAAAAUAAAUCUCUAGAGAAAGAACUUGAGGAUGCUAAAAUGCUUUUGGCAACUUCUCAACAAAAUGCUAAACAAAACCACAAUGAAACAGAACACCUUAAAGACAAGUUGAAGCAUUUACAAGAGGAGCUGGAUUCUGAAAAAAAUCGCAGAGACUCGUCCCGUCACGGUGGGCUCACAGCUAAAAGUAAAGAAUAUCAAGCAUUAAAAGAGGAGUGCUCAAACUUAAGGAAAAGGAUUCAGGCAAUAGAGGCAGAAAUGAAAAUGUCUCGCAAAGAAAAUCUCCAUUUAUCAUCAGAAUACAACAAGCUCCAGGAAUCCUAUAAACAUUUAGAGUCCCUGAAAGUGAAACUUGAGACUAGUGAGGUCUCCUGGAAGGGUAAUCUAACUGAUGCACAGAAGGAUGCCCACAAUAUACGGCAGGAGCUAGAAGAAGCCAAACAAGAAGUUCUCCAACUCAGGACCACAUGUGAAGAUAAGUCUCAGGCAAUAAAUCUCUUGCAGAAACAAAUCACUGAUAUGACUUCGGACUUCCAGGCACUGCAGAACAAGUCGCGCAUGGUCUCCUUGGUGUCUAGUAUUCCACUACUAAUGCUUCUGUUUGCUCUGCUCAUGGCCAUCUACCCAACAUUAGAAGCAGUCACGUCUUCAUUAUCAUAGCAGUUCCUCAACUAGUUUUUAGGUGUACAGUUCAGAAAUUUUAUGUUUUAUUUUUUUUUUUUAGUUUCAUUUUGUACAGUUUUGACACUGUUGAAUGGGUGAACUUGAGAAACGCAGCAAAAAUUUUGUUUCUUUUCAAUUACGAGAAAAAAAGUUGUGUGAUUAUGUUGUGAAAGGUAGAGAUUAGAUGUAUGAUUAAUUUCUUUGGUACAGGUUACUGAUCUUGGUUUGAAUGCUUUGAUGUGUGUGCCAAGUGAUGUGCUUCAUCUUAUCUUAGGAUCUUAAACCAAGCUUCGUUAAAAAAAAAAAGUAAUAUUGUCCACUAUAGUUCAAAGAUUUUAAAAAAAUGUAUUAAGAAGUGGACCAUGAAACUUUGUGGUUAUUGAAAUUUGAUAUAAGUUGAAACCAGUUAGUAUUGAGACAAAUGACUUUCUCUGAAUGUUUGAGUAGCUCUACCUACCUCAACAUGGACAUGCCUAUGCAUUUUCAUUUCUCUCUUUUUUAAAUAUUUAAAAAUGCUUCCACUGUUAAGUCCCUUUUUUUUUAAAUCUAUUUGAUCAAACAACAAAAAGGGAAAGCAGAUAUUGGUAAUGGUAAAAUUGAAGUGUUGAUCUUGAUCAGUUUGUUUUAAAUAUGACAUUCAAACAACUUGUUAUGUAUAUUUUGUUUCUUUCACUACUUCAGUUCCACUUUUUUAUUUUCUUGAACAGACAAACAUUUGUGAUCAGCUGAUGGUCUCAUUGCUCUUUGUAUAUUGAUAUGACUGGAUAUGUAUAUAAUUACAUAAUUACUUGGCAGGUUUGGAGGGACAUUCUUAUAUAAUGCUGCACAAUAAAGAUAUCAAUAUCUGCCACUUUAAGGAGAUACUCAAUUUAUUUAAAAGAGUUCACUAUAUUCACGUUUGACAGGAGUUACUGUUUUUAAACCUGACCUACAAUUUUAACUGACUUUUAAAUUCAUGCAAAGGGUGUUGAUUCCGUGUAGUCUUAGGUCAAGAUUAAUAAGGUUAAUCCAUCCCUGUCUGCCGGGCUGAUUUAGUUUAAUAUAUAUGAAUAUAUAUAUAUAUUGUCAUAAAUAAAUGAAGGACAUUACAUGAUGGAGCUUUGUAUGUUCUAAUGUGUUGUACCUCAGUGAGUGUGAUACAGUAAUGGGCUGAACAAGUACUGUGCUAAUGAUUGGUCAGUGUGAAUAAAUCAACUAAUGGGUUUUUUAUUUACUGCAGCACUUAUGUUUGAAUCAAUAACAAUUUUAGCACAUUUUUUUUUUUUAAGUUUAAUUAUUUAAAUUUUUUGUGGUAAGUAUUUUAGAAUCAAUUUUUCUGUUCAAAAAUUGAAAACGUAGAGAUGUUCACACCCAUAGGGUAGAAUGUGGUGGCUGGUAAAGUGGUGGCUGCUGAUCUAAAGUUCAAACCAAUGUGAAGUGAAGCUAAGGGCUGAAACAAUGAUCUAAAGUUGCCAGGUUCAUCAUCAAAUUAAAAAGUCCCCCUGGAUUGGAAGAUUCACAUCAUUAAAUGGAGAAAUUGUCUUAGUCAUUUUUUUCAUGCGUAAAGAAUUAUUGGCAUAUAGAAAGGAUGGCAUUAAUAACAGAAUAUCUUUAACCAAAGUCUUCGUCUGGCUUACAGACCUAAACAUCUUUACUUACUGCAAGAAAUGCCAGGUCAGAUUUUCAAAAUUUAGGAAUAUUUUCAAUUACUCAGUACAAUUCAUCCAAGAAGACUUAUAAUCUUUAGUUCAGCCUCCCAAAGCUCUAUCAGUGCACCACAUGCCACUAUAAUUUAUUCUGCUUCAAUAUUCUCCUAAUUAAACUAAGAGAUCAUCUUUUUGAGAAAGAUCUUGUGUUGAAAGCAAUAGAAUGUUUUGAUGGAUCCUUAGAUUUUUGUAUUGAUGUACAGGCUGCUCAUUAGACCAAACACCAUUUGAACUAUCAGCUAUGUAAAUAUAUUCCAUUUCUAUUUCCCUCCCCUUCCCUCUCUCUCUCGUACAUACCAGGUUCACUUCAACACGUCAUACUAGGUAGGAAGUAUUGUAUCAUAAAACAUUCAGUUGAAACUUUUGGUACAGGGACCAAUGACAAGCCAAAAAAAAAAAAAAAAAGUUAUUGUACUCUAUAUAAGAAGGCAUACAUCAUAUACUGUAGACAAUAAUUAAAUACACAAGAAGAUUCACACUCUAUCCUAUGAUGGCAGCAGACUCUAGACGUGCCUACUUACUACACAUGAAGUCUGCUUGUGUUUCACUCAAGUGAUAGUUUUUUUUGUUGGUGAGUUUAUAUAGUUGCUAAUUGAUACUUAUUUAUAUAUGAUUGUACAUAGUUUGUAAACAUUCUCUAUUAUACAUGUACGAGUCUGGGCAGUUCUGUAUGUGUCUGUUGCUGAGAUUUCCAAGAGAGUGAUUCUUGCUAAUAGCUUACAGUGUUCAUUGGAAGUUCUGGUAGUUAAUGGCCACAAAUAAAUUUUUUUGUUUGUUUACCUUGACUUCUGCUAUAAUAAAAGCUGCUUUGAAAGAAUUCAAAUACCUUUUUUUUUUAAAUUUUAGGUAUAAAAUUUAACACAUUUAUGCUUUAUUCUAUGAUUCUUAUUUAAAUUGUAACUACCAGCAACUUUUUUUACAUUUCUUCUGAUUUCCUAAGAACUAUUUCAAAUAGACAGGUUAUUUUUACAUGUAAAUAUAUCAUUUAUUGAACAUUACAACUAAUCAAUUGCAUCAAAAUAGUUAAACCAAAGUUUGUUUACAAUGCUGGUAUUUAUAAUUGGAUGUGGGACUUCAAAUAAAUAUGAAGGUUAUAAUUUGUAAAAUUCAUAUUUGUAUUAACCUCUGUUGAAGAUCUAAAAAAAAAAAGUUUUUAGUUUAACAUUAUAAAACAAUUAUUUAUUUUAAAGUAAAAUUUUGUUAAGUCAUGUAUUAGGGAUAAAAUCAAGUUCUUUUGAAAAUCAAAAUUUUAUUUGUAGUAAUUUUUUGUUUUCCUUCUGGGAACUGUUUCUAAUGGCAUUGCUACUUAACUUCUGGCUCUUUCCUUAAGUUCAUUUUUUUGACCUUUUGAUUUUGAGAAUGCUUCAUUCAGACUUGUAAAGAGUUGGCAAUUGACAAGUAGUUUCUUUCGGAAGAGGCAUCUUUCGACAAUCAGAUCUUAAGGAAAGAUAAGGGCAGAUAACCUUUUCGUCACAUUUUGUUGCUGUCCACAGCAGAGUUGUGGAAUGAUAAUAUUUUCCCAAACAACUGGUCUCUACAUAGGGAGUUUUAUCUUUUCCUUGCUAAGUUCUGUACAAGUUUGUGUGACCACCAUAACUUUUGUCUUGUUUUGUAUAUAAACCUCUUAGCUUGUAUACUUUUUUUUUUGUUUGGUUCAUAAAUUGAAAAAGAAAGUUUUGUAUUUAUUCCCAUCUGGUUAGUUGUGUAUAAUCAAUCAUAUGUAGAUAAACCAAUUUUUGCCAGUUCAUUUAUCCAGUUGAUCUGAUUUUUGAAAAUAAACAUUUUUGACACUCAA